AAUAUAUACACUAUAUUUUGCCAAAAGUAUUGUCCCCGCCCUCCAAAUCAUGUGAUUCAGGUGUUCCAAUCCCCUCCAUGGACACAGGUGUAUACAAUCAAGCCCCUAGGCAUGCAGACGGCUUCUACAAACAUUGGUGAAAGAAUGGGUCGCUCUCAGGAGCUCAGUGACUCCAAGCGUGGUCCCGUGAUAGGUGGCCACCUGGGCAAUAAGUCCAUCCGUGACAUUUCCUGGCUACUAAAUGUUCCACGCUCAACUGUUAGUGGGAUUAUAACAAAGUGGAAGCAACUGGGAACAACAGCCACUCAGCCACCAAGUGGUAGGCCACGUCACAUGACAGGGCGGGGUCAGCACAUGCUGAAGCGCACAGUGCGCAGAAGUCACCAACUGUCUGCAGAGUCAAUGGCUAAAGACCUCCAAACUUGGUGUGGCCUUCAGAUGAGCCCAACAACAGUGCAUAGAGAGCUUCAUGGAAUGGGUUUCCAUGGCCGAGCAGCUGCAUCCAAGCCUUCCAUCACCAAGUGCAAUGCAAAGCGUCGGAUGCCGUGGUGUAAAGCACGCUGCCACUGGACUCUA